AUGAAAACCUCAUCAUCAAUUGCAUUAUUUUCUCUCCUCUUUUCCCUUACAUUUUCCCUUUCAUGGGCUUCAAGUAGCCCCAACAAUGCCCCGCCCCACGAGGCGUUCGUCUGGUGCCUCCAAACCCGCUCCGACCCGUCAAAUCCGAUCCUUCCAAAUCUUUACACCCGAACCAACUCAUCCUAUCAACCAGUCCUCGAGGCCUAUAUCCGCAACCUAAGGUUCAACGAGUCAACAACUCCUAAACCGAGACUCAUUCUCACUGCAACCCACGUGUCGCACAUCCAGUCGGCUGUUGUGUGCGCGAAAUCCAACGGCCUCGAGAUGAGAAUCCGAAGCGGAGGCCACGAUUAUGAAGGUAUCUCCUAUCGGUCCACGAAUAACCCUAACUUCUUCGUGCUCGACAUGUUCAACUUAAGGUCCGUGAACGUCAACACGGACGACGAGUCGGCCUGGAUCGAGUCCGGAGCCACCCUUGGCGAGGUGUACCACGCGAUUUCUGAGGCUAGCGGGAUCCUCGCCUUCCCGGCCGGUGUGUGCCCAACGGUCGGGGUCGGUGGCCACAUCAGCGGAGGUGGCUAUGGCAACAUGAUGCGUAAAUUCGGGCUUUCGGUCGACCACGUGACUGAUGCCCGGAUAGUCGAUGUCAACGGUCGGAUCCUCGACCGGAAGUCGAUGGGAGAAGAUCUCUUUUGGGCCAUCACCGGUGGCGGCGGGGCCAGCUUUGGAGUCGUUCUCUCCUACAAAAUUAACCUCGUCCAGGUCCCGCCGGAGGUGACGGUUUUUAGGGUUCGGAGGACGAACGACGGCGAAAAUUUCACAAACCUUGUCGACCGCUACCAAAGAGUCAUGGCCGGAGCGUUGCCGGAGGAUCUAUUCCUCCGAUUGACCCUAGACGUCGCGAACCGGACGAAUAGGGCAACAUUCACUGCCAUGUUUCUCGGAAGCUCGGACGAGCUUCUGCGCGCUGUGAGCCUGGAACUUCCCGAGCUCGGGCUUACGCGGGCCGACUGCCUGGAAAUGAAAUGGAUCGAUUCGGUUCUCUUUUGGACGAAUUUCCCGGUAGGAACUCCGACAAACGCGCUCCUCAGUCGGGUCCCGCAAACCCUCAACCGCUUGAAGCGGAAAUCGGACUAUCUCCAAGAACCGAUACCCAAACAAGGCCUAGAGUCGAUAUUCGGGAAAAUGUUGGAGCUACAAUACCCAAGUCUCGUGUUCAACCCUUAUGGUGGCAAAAUGGCCGAAAUUUUGCCGUCGGCUAAGCCAUUCCCCCAUAGGGCCGGUAACAUUGCCAAGUUCCAGUACGCCGUGAACUGGGACGAAGCUGGUGAAGAAGCUGAACAGCGGUACAUGAGCUCGAUAACCGAGCUUCACGACCACAUGACGCCAUACGUUUCAAAGGACCCAAGGGGAGCCUUCUUCAACUACAGGGACCUCGAUAUUGGGGUUAAUGGUAACGGUAAAAAUAGUUACCGCGAAGGAGCCGUUUACGGGGUUAAAUAUUUCAGGGCCAAUUUUAACCGACUGGUGAAAAUUAAGACAAGGGUUGAUUCGGACAACUUUUUCAGGAACGAACAAAGUAUUCCGGUCUUGCCCUGGAAAAAGUAA